AUGGGCUGGGGUGAUCGUCUCGUCCUGGCCAUGUUCUUGGGCGUGUUCCUAGGGCCAGACGGAGCGCUCGCGGUUAGUGGAAUAUACGUGAAUAAUCAGAAGAUUGACAAGUUCGAAGCGGACCGCAUCAAGCUGCUUCACCCGGCACGACCCUCGCCCAGCAUCAAUCAACCACCGUCGUCAUCAGUGGGAAAGAACGAACUCCUGACGAAGGACAACUUCACCAACGCUCAGCACUACUAUCAGUAUCUCGUGGGAGCCAAUCCAAGUAGCUACAUCGACCUACUGUGGGGUAGGAAUAAAACACACUUCCCGUCGUCGCUCCGUGUUGGCGCUCCGUCGCUGGGCUUCAACUGGCACUCCGACGACGAGCAGUCGUCAAUCAAGAACACACUCAACAACUCUAGCCCGGUGUACAUUGGGGAUUACCAACGCGUCCAGCUGCCUGUUUUGCUUCCGAGUACGAGCACGCGCGCUCCAACCUUAAGACCGAGCAAGCGAUUCAAGAAGCGACCGAAACCAAAACCUACCCUUGCACCCCCUCCAGUUCAGGUGAGUUCCGGUGGGAAGGACGAGCUAUCACCAGAAACGUUGGCUCUGCUGAGUCGCUACUACUCGUUCAGCUGCACGCUGGUUCCGAAGCAGCGAAGCCAGCUGGUGGCAACAACCACGAUGCCUCCGACAACGACACGCAAACUGAAGACGCGCCGACUGACCACUCAGCGACCGACAACGGUGAUGACUACCUCACGCCCGAUUACUUCGUCCAGCACCGGUAAGCGCAAGAAAACGACCGUCUACGUCGACCCACCAGUGAUCAACAGGAUCGGUGGGAUGCUUGAGUCGGUGUACAACUUCAUGGAGAACGCCCUGACGAGCACGGAGUACGUGCCGGAUUCGAAGGAGGCUGGGGCUGCUGGAGUCAGCAAGGCAGAUCCACAGGACCAACUCCGUUCCCUAACCGCAGGUAGCACGAAGGUAAAGCGCAACACACGCAACAUCACGUCAGCAAUAUCGGACAUUUUGACAAGAAUAGGAGGAAGUACGGAGCUCGACUCCGACAUUCGUAGUACCAGCUCAUGGGAAACGACCACAACCGAAAGUUCGUCGGAGAGCUCUAAGCGCUUCACACCGGACCGUGUGACUAUCUCCGGACUACCGACGAUUGUUAGCGAAGGCAACAAAAACAAGAUGACCACGAAUAUCCAGGUGACGAGUGAGUACACGGCGGCAACUCCACCUACCGUGCCGGUGCGUAAACCCUCAAGCUCAAGCGACGAAAAUGACGAAGACAGCAGCGAGGAAGAGUCGGAGGAGGACUACUUCGGUGGGUUUGAUGGAUUUAGCGAGGACGACGAAGAGGAGGAUGAUGAUGAAGAUGACGAUGACCAGAGCAAGGAUGGUGACAGUGAAGAGUUGGGUCGUCCCGGUGGCCAAGGGAUACUGGUGAACGAUAAGGACUAUGAUGACGACGAUGAAGGUGGGGCACAGGCUGGGCAGCCGGUGCGUAUCAAGCGGGUAAAGAAGCGCCGCCGUAAGAAGCGACCUGCGGCCAGCUACGAGGACACGGCUGAGUAUAGCGACGAAGACGAUGGCUCGUCGGACGAGGAGGGCGAGUACGACGAUCGAGACGAACCUUCCGGAGACGAUGAUGAAGAGGAUGACGAUGACUACGAAUCCGGAGAGGCUCCCGAUGAUGCCGCGGAAGGAUUUUUCGGCGGACUGUUCUCCACCUUCGGGCGCUUUGUACGUUCGCUAGGGUUCGGUGGAGCGGCACGCGGCACCCCCGAGGAGUAUGACGACUACGAUGAGAGCGGUGGGCGUAGUACGACCCCGCGGGUACUUGACACUAAUCGACGACCAACACGCAGCACCUCGAACGGGGCCGAUGGUCCGGCGACGCAGAUUGAGCGUGACCCGGAUGUGACGUCUCCCGAGCGAAGUCCUCCAUCUUGGCUAAACCUACCGCCGUCGUAUCUGUUCAACGAGAUCGGCGACGAUCCCGUCGAGGUGCCGGUGCAGGAGGAGCUAACCGUGCUGGAAGCACCGGUUCCUCCUACUCCCGAGAGUCCGACAAGCGUCGGGACCAGUUCGAGCUGGUUCGAUUUGAUGAUGCCUUGGGAUUUCUUCAACCCUUGGACGCACGACGAUGCAGAGAAUCUGGUGCAGGAAGCGAUCCUCGCCACCGAGGUACCAGUAACUCCAGCAGCACCAACUCGGCCACCUGAGGUGGAAACAAGUACAGCCAGUGCACCUGUCGCUGGGUCGAACUGGUUGUCACAGUUCUUCGCAGGCUCACCGACACCCACCAAGACUCCGAAGCCACGCCCGAAACCUCCGAAGGCGCCUCAGGCGGAACAACUCGUUGCGGCUUUGGCGCAGUACCUCGUGCAUGCACGUCCCACGCCGCCAUCAACGCCGAAGCCAAAGCGCAAGAAGUCCUACGCCGGCUAUCAGCUGUGGCGCGUUUCCGUGCAGGGCAGUGAGCAUCUCCAGCGGCUCGUCGACUUCCAGCGGUCCCCCGAGGGGCUUCAGCUGCAGUGGUGGAGUGGACCUUCGCUCUACGAACCCACGGACGUGCUCGUGCCACCGGGAGCCGUCGCCGAGAACUUCCACGACUACCUGCUGGAGGACGGCGUGCAGUACGAGCCGACGAUACGCGACCUCGGCAGGGCGAUCGCGUACGAGAACCCACGCAUGACGCGUCGCGAACAGAUCGAAAACGAGGUACUCCAUGGUCACCCGAUGACCUGGUUCCGUUAUCAUCGAUACGCCGACAUUGUCAAGUAUCUGGACUACUUGGGACGGCGCCAUUCGCAGCAGGUGCGUCUGCUCCACAUCGGGCGCUCCUACGAGGGUCGACCUCUAACGGUGGUUCGGGUUUCGUUCCCACCGCCUGCCAGGCGCUCGUCACGCAGUGCGACCAAAAAGCGUCGACCAGCGGUCUUCAUCCAGGCUGGCGCUCACGGCCAUCAGUGGAUUGGGCCGGCUGUAGCUACUUGGUUCUUGCAGCGCCUACUGGAACCGUCCAACUCCACGGCGGAGCAGGAGACGAUUCGAGCGUACGAUUGGUACGUGCUUCCGGUGGCCAACCCCGACGGAUACGAGUACAGUCACGAGCACGAUCGGAUGUGGUCCAAGAGCCGCUCACGUCCGGACCAUCGCCCUCAGCCAGGCUUCGGGCAGACCCUGCUGACGAGCGCGCUCAGCUGGUGGAGUAAUGCGCAGACGACGACGUCUCAGGACCGUGCGCCGGAGACCUGCUACGGCGUGGACCUGGAUCACAACUGGGCGCAUCGCUGGCAGGACACAGCCGAGUCGUCGCGCAGUGAAUGCAGCGCCAACUACGCCGGACCGACUGCCUUCUCCGAGCCGGAAACGCGCGCCGUCCGUGACCUUCUGCUGACGGGUCGCGCCCGGAACGUGAGGAUAUUCCUGUCCCUGCAGGCGUACGGUCAAACGCUCAGCUACCCGAGCGACGGCGACGACUCCUCCACGCGCCACGGGGCCUACGCGUUCGGGGAUGUGCACGAGAUGGCAGCCGUCGGGCUGGAGGCGAUGCGUGGAGCCGGCGGUGAGCUACCGUACACUCUCGAGCGGCCAGGCUCAGCGAACCGUGGUCCCGAGCGGGGUGGAACGGCGACGGGAUACGCACGAUACGCGGCCGGCAUCCGGUACAGCUACACCCUGCGCCUUCCCGAUACGGGCACGCACGGGUUCCUCUUUCCGCCGUCCAACAUCAUCAGCACCGGCCGGGACACCUUCGAGCUGAUCAAGGGCAUGAUGGACUAUAGCUAG